GGAGGUAUGGGAAGAGAGAACUUGUUUGUUUUGUGAGAUGGGAGCAGUGGAGAUGGAAUGACACUUUCUUACUGAAUGCACAACGUAUGAUGAUAUUCAGGCUCAGUAUGAGAUCAUUUUAAAGGCCGACAACAUGCAUCAGUUAUUUGACGAGGAUAAGAUCAACCAAACGGCAAGCUCCCUGAUCAAGAUUCAUAACAAGAGAUCAGACAUGAAAAAUUAUAUUCAGAAGAUUUAAUGUUGUGUUUUUCUUGGUCCCAUAAACUAUUCAGUGUCGUAAACGUCAAUAAAAUCAUUCAUUCAUUCAUAUAAGUCUGCAGAGCAAAUUCUCAAAAAGCAUCAAUGAAUCCUGUUGUGUGAGCAAAAGAUGAUGGAAGGCAGUGUCACCGCUCGCGUUAGUUUUGCAUGGAGCGGGUGGAAAGCAGCGACAAGACGUAGUGGCACUGCUGCAUGUGGUAGGACUCGGGCUCGGGCUCAACUUCAACGUCAGCCUCAGCCUUUCUCUGAAGGUACGUGGAGGUCAAUCAAGAAUCUGCUGAAGAGUUGCCGGGGAUUAUCAGUGUGUCCCCAGGAUUCCCUGAAACAGGGGCAAUGGGUCAAGUUAAUAUGUGGUGCUAGUUUUGAGGAUGUUGCAGAUGUUAGAAAUCUCUCUCUCAUUUACACUCUGGCAGGCGUUGACUGCAUUGACUGUGCAGCAGAUGAUUCAGUUGUUACUGCAGUUAAUGAAGGUAUUGACAUGGCAGAACAGAUAUGUAUGUCAGGAGAUGCAGCUGAGAGGAUACCCUUGAGAAGGCCUUGGGUAAUGAUCAGUGUUAAUGAUGACACAGAUAUUCACUUCCGCAAAGCUCAAUUUGAUCCAGAAGAUUGUCCAAUUGAUUGUUCAAGACCAUGUGAAAGAGUUUGCCCUGCUGAUGCAAUUAAAUUUGAAAGCUCAAUUCAUUACAAUGAUGUGCCUCUUAAUUCUAGCUCUGCCAAGUUUCAGGCAGGAGUAAUUAGUGAACGUUGCUAUGGUUGUGGCCGUUGCCUCCCAGUUUGUCCAUAUGACAAAAUCAGAGAAAAUACAUAUGUUAGAACCAAUGCUGCUAUUACAGAGCUUCUCAGGAGAAGCGAUGUAGAUGCCAUAGAGAUACACACAAGUGCAGGGCAUCUUGAUUCAUUUAAGGAAUUAUGGAAUAAUCUAUCAAAUUUAGUGGAGCAACUGAAGCUUAUUGCAGUAAGUUUGCCUGAUUUAGGCGAUUCAACAAUUGAAACUUUGAAUGCCAUGUAUUUAAUCAUGAAGCCAUUUCUACGAUCUUACAAUCUUUGGCAGUUGGAUGGGCGUCCAAUGAGUGGAGACAUUGGGAAAGGUGCUACAAGGGAAGCUGUAGCUUUUGCUGCUCGCAUGGUUGAGAACAAAAACCGUCCUCCAGGUUUUCUUCAACUAGCUGGUGGUACAAACUCUUACACUAUUGAGGCCUUGAAAAGAAUUGACCUUUUCCAAACUACCUCAAUUCCAGAUUGUGCGAUGGAGAGUGCAAACAUAACUGUGCCCUUUGAAGCUGGAAAGCAAAUUUACACGGAUGCCCUUAUUGCAGGGGUGGCUUAUGGUGGAUAUGCACGGAAGGUUGUUGGCAGGGUUCUCCAUAAAAUGUAUGAUUCUGAAGACUCCAAUUUUGUGAGGUUACAUAUUGAACAAUAUCCUCAUUUUCUUCUUGAGGCACUGGAAGAGGCGCUUGCUUUAGUAGGGCCUAUGAAGUGUUAUGAUCUUCAUAAAGAAUAAAAAUCUCCAUAAAAUCUAUUCUAUUGUAGAGAGAUAUUGCUACAAAAAAUAGCAUGUCAGCAAUACAUUAUGAGUGAAUGGGAUAUAUAUUUUAGUGCAUGUACAAGAUUUUUCAACGAUCUCAAUAAUUGCUUGUAUAUUUUCAUCGUAUCAAAAACGUAUAGUAGUUUGAAAAAAAUGAUUCUGAAAAAUGGGUGACUGAGUACUGAAAUCAGGGGCUUAUAGCCAACAUCACGCAUGCAGGGUCAUGAUCAUGUUCUUGGUUUAGUUCCUACUUUCACAUUUUAUGCUUUUGAAAAAUAACCAACUCUAUUUGCAUGUGUUGCGGUUUAUGCUCUAAUUGAAUAUUCAAAUCUGAUUACAACUUUUUUUGCACCUUGAA